GUCCUUCCGUGUUUCAGACGUGGCGCCGGAGCUCAUUCAGCAGCCAGCCCUAUUCACAGCCCUGGCUUUCAUCGCACAUCUCUCAGACCCUGUGCUUGAACCAUGUGGAGGAAGGCUGCUUUUGUUGCACUGCUGGCCGUUGCGCUAGGUUACAUUUAUCACACAAACCCCGAUGUUCAGGAGACUGUUACACAUAUCCUCAAACAGUUCAUACCUCAUUCGCUGUUCUCACACCAUGAACAUGGUACUGCAAACCUGGAAGAAACCAUCUCCCGAGCCUGGGACGCCCUGAUCACAGCACCUGCAAGGCAGUGGGGACGAAUAGCGGUCGGGGUAAACGCCUGUAUUGACGUAGUGGUGUCAGGUGUCAACUUGCUCCAAGCUUUGGCUCUUGACCCUGGAUCUGGACGUGACCAUGAUGUGUUGCACUCUAAAGAGGACCUGAAAGAGGCCUUCAUUCACUACAUGCAAAAAGGAGCAGCUGCAGAACGUUUCUUCUCGGAUAAAGAAGUCUUCCAAAGGAUCGCAAGGGCCGCUGCUGAAUAUCCUGGUGCUCAGGUGUAUGUAGGAGGAAAUGCUGCUCUGAUUGGUCAGAAACUCGCCUCUUACCCAGAGCUGGUGGUACUUUUGUGUGGUCCUAUUGGACCUAAGCUGCAUGAAUUGUUGGAUGAACAGAUCAUAGUGCCACCACAGUCGCUUCAGGAGACCGAUGAGUAUCACCUCAUCCUUGAGUACAGGGCAGGGGAGGAGUGGGGAUCGAGUCAAGCCCCUCAAGCCAAUCGCUUUAUCUUUUCUCACGAUGUGUCAAAUGGUGAGAUGAGCACUUUAGAGACCUUUAUGGACAGUCUGGAAGAGUUUCAGCCAGGACUAGUGGUGCUGUCUGGACUCCACAUGAUGGAGGGAAUGGGCCGUGAACUCUGGGAGGACCGCCUCAAAGAGUUUGUAGUCGCCAUCUCUGAUGUUCGUAGUGAGGCGCCCAUCCAUCUGGAGCUUGCCAGCAUGACUGAUCGAGAUUACAUGAGCAUCAUCACGAAGGAGCAGGUCUUGCCCAUGGUGAACUCGAUCGGCCUGAAUGAGCAGGAGCUGCUCUUCCUGUCUCAGGCUGGCGGCGGUCCUCACUCGGACCUUCCCUCAUGGAACGGCGUUCCUGAUGUGGGCCGUGUCUCUGAUAUCCUCCUCUGGAUCCUGGAGGAGCAUGGUCGGGCUGACCUGGACUCUGAAGCCCAUCUGACCCGCAUCCAUUUUCACACUCUGGCCUAUCAUGUGCUGGCCACAGUGGACGGCCACUGGGGGAACCAGCGGGGAGCGGUAGCGGCCGGUGCUCGCGUUGCCAGCGCUCAGGCAUGUGGAUUACAAGCUGUGGAUGUUAGUAAGGUGAAGCUCAAGGCACCGCUCAGCUUCUACAGCUCUUUCUCAGAACCGAGAGAGGGCUUAGUUUUGGACCCGUCCAAUCCGGUGACAGUGUGGCGAAGAGGCAACGUGUCCUUUUAUCUCAGUCCAGUACUCGUAUGCAAACAGCCACUGAGGACAGUAGGGCUGGGGGACGCAAUCUCAGCAGAAGGACUCAUCUACUCUGAGAUUGUGCCCCAGCUACACUCUGAUGACUAAAAGUAAACUUUUAUGAAAUUUAGUACCUGUGGUCCAAUAACAGUGUCUUAAAACACUUCAUUACUCUUCUUGAUCCUCUCUAUAGUGCCUCCUAAGCAUCUAACCACCUAGGUAGAUGAUUCUGUAGGUGCCCCUCCAUUCACUCACCCAAUCAUGUGAACAGUGACGAAUGAAGGAGGAGAGGAUGUUUUUGUGGGUACAGGAAUGAGACUUUGUCCUCACUUUGUCUUUUUGUGCGAGCUCAGUGCGUAGUCUUAAUCCAUUUGGUGAGUACUGUACUUCGUCUUACUUGAGGCUGUAUUAUUGCACUGAGUAGAAAAUGCUGUUGUUUUUUUUUCCUUUACACUCCAUGGAGUUUUUGCUCCACUGACUACUACAACAGAGACUUAUGAGCAAGGAGCAGAAACCAUAAGCUGCUAUGAAUAAAAAUGACUUGAAUCAAACAGGCCGAUAUGAAAUCUAAUGCCUUAACCAAAACCAGGAACUAACCCGAUAAUGUGGUGCUUAGCUGCACUGUGUCCUUAAAAAAAAAAUCCUGUACUCCUUCCUGGUCUUUUUUCAUCUGACAUCAUCAUUAAUAUUCAUAUUAGUGGUUUAAAAUAACUACUAUUCAUUUUUCACAACUUUCGACACCCUAUCCAUGAAAGGGUUUUUACUAUUUUAUAAUAAUAAUAAUGAGGAACAUUAUAUUUUGACAGAAUACAUUAGACAAAUCGAAACUUUAAUAUAUUAAAAUCCCAAUAUUUUAGUAUUCCUUAUGAAGGACACACUCGUGUCCCAUUUUUAACCAGCUUCAUGAAGGAGCCUCUCACCCAUUGAGAACACUCCCCCCCACCCCAAAUAGACCAAGCUUUAAGCUGCAUCUCUUUACAUCUUUUUUUUUGGUUAAAAACUUUAAGUAUAGACAGAAAAAAAAAUCUACUUCUUAAAAUGACAUUUUGCUUCUGAAAUGCAUAGAUGGGCAUUAACUUCAAUAUGUAUCUCUAUCUUCGGUAUGUAUUUCUGACUUUAUCUGUAACCUUUUAAUCGAUGUCUUAAACUAUGAAAAAUAGAUAUCGUCGAUCCAAUGCAUAUAAACUUUUUUUAGUGUAGGUCAAAACUAUUGUUGGUUACUGAAAUUAUGUAUUGUAACUCUUACCUACUUGAAAGCCAAUAUGUACGCUUAUAGAUAAGGCAGACAGCUUAGUGUAGCAGAAUAUUUGUUAGUAAACCAGAGCUUCACUUCAUCAAUCCAUUCAAUUUUCUCACUUAAGUAAUCAUAUCCUCCUUCGUUUUAUGCUGAAUCGCUGAAAGGAAAGUAAGGGAUUAUUCCAUGCUUGUGUAGUCAUAUCCGGUACUAUUUCUGUCUGGAGCAUAGAUCAAAACAUGUCUAGACAUAUAUAGUGUCGGAAUGAUUCAAGAUCUUAGUUCAAGUUGAUAAAAAAGGGGAAGAUUUCCUGUAAAAUAAAUAAAUAAAUAAAAAUCAGUAACUGACUGUUUUUAAUGCUUAAUGAGAAACUUGAAAAGAUUCUGUGAUUCGACAUUUUUAAUAAGGAAAAGACCGUUGUUUUUUUUUCUCCUCUUCAGUAAAUUGAUGUAUGUAGGCCAGCUGUCAGAAGUGAAAGUCCUGACCAGUGUGAGGCAUCACCUGUACUGACAUUGAGUAACCCUGAUGUAACCCUUAAAACAAGAUUAGAGCUGCUACUACAGAAUUGAGACAAAAAGAGAUGAUCAUUGUUUUUGGGCUGAUGGUCUGCAAAAGCUGCACAGCAUCACUAAAAUUCCACUAGUUGUAUUUUUAAUUCAAUUUUAUUUGUAUAGUGCUUUUAACAAUUGUCAUUGUCUUGAUAAGUAUCAUUUCCUUUAUUUUCCAAGGCUUUCAUCUCCUUUACAGAAAAAGAUGUCAACAGUUUCUACAGUUAGCAUACUGGAACAAUGUCAUAUUUAACUGUUAAAGUUUUCUUUGUCUUUGGUACUGCAUUUUGAGACUUUCUUUAAUUUAACUUCAUAUUAGAGUAACAGAUAAAACAUUCAUUUUAGAACAAUUAAUACAAAUUAUGCAAACUUUUCU